GCUUCCUGUUGAGGCCAGAAAAUGGAGCUUACUUACCCCUCUGCUACUUCCACUCCAAUUUUGCACCGUUUCCGCCCCUCUUUUUUCUCUCUUCCUCCUUCUCCCCUUCGCGUCUCCGCCAAACCGCCAUUUCUUCAAUCCAACAAACAACUCAGAUUUUCCGCUUCUCUCAGCAACAUUUCUCCACCCUCAUCAUCUUCCCGCCAUUUCUCAUUUCAACCACUUUACCCGUUUCAGAAACCGUCGACCCGGUUUGUAGUCUCCGCGGCUCCCGGCGGGGCAGUUGAUACCGCGGAGGACAAACUCCCGGCUGAUCUCCACGUUACUGAAACCCGAGAGCCCAAUUCCAGGGUGAGGUUGAGUGUAGAAGUUCCUCCUGUUGUAUGUGAGGAUUCUUACAGAAGAGUGAUAAGAGAGUUUGGGAAACAAUCAAAGAUCCCUGGAUUUCGCCCUGGCAAGAAUAUUCCUGAAACCAUCCUGGUUAACUAUGUCGGGAAGGAAAAUGUUCAGAAAGCUACUGUUGAGUCUAUUCUCAAGAGAACUCUCCCACAUGCCUUGUCUUCGGUGACAGGAAAGGCCUUGGAAGACUCAAUUCGUAUUGCUACGAAAUUUUCAGACAUGGAAAAGACUUAUUUAUCUCUGAACACUCUGAGGUAUGAUGUCCUUGUUGAUGUGGCACCAGUAGUCAAGUGGAUUCCAGAAGACGCCUACAAAAACUUGAAGGUUGUUGUGGAGUUAGACAGUGAUACUGAUGCUCAGAUUAUUGCUGAACAAGAAUUGAAACGUCGCCACAAAUCUUUAGGUGCACUAAAAAUUGUUGCUGAUAGGGGACUACAGAUUGGUGAUGUUGCAGUUAUUGAUAUAUCAGCAACAACAAUUGAAAAAGAAGAAUCAAAUGCUAAAAGAAUUCCAGCAGCAGAGACUAAAGGUUUUAACUUUGAUACAGAAGAUGGAGAUAAAGUUCUCCCUGGUUUCCUGGACUCCAUAAUUGGUAUUAAAAGUGGGGAAACAAAGUCCUUUCCACUUGUAUUUCCAGAAUCAUGGAAACAAGAAGAUCUCCGUGGUGUUUAUGCUCAAUUCACAGUUCAGUGUAAGGAACUAUUUUAUAGAAAUUUACCCGAGCUGAAUGACUCCAUUGCUGAUAAGCUUAUUCCAGGAUGCACUACCAUUGAGGAGGUCAAGCAAUUAUUGUUGCAAAAGUGCCAGGAAGUGGAGCAGUCUGCUAAAGAUCAAGCAACUGAUAAUGCAAUUCUUGACCAGAUACAACAGAUGGUUGAAAUUGAUAUCCCGCAAUCAAUCUUUGAGGAACAAGGGAGGCAGCUAUAUGGAGCCCAGCUGUUACAAAUACAGGCAAAUAUGAAGCUAAACGAACAACAGCUAGCAGCUCUUUCAAGCCCGAAGGCUGUGAAUGAGUUCCUUACCACACAAAAGGAAAAUAUAACAAGAAUUAUAAAGCAAAACCUAGCCGUCGGUGACAUAUUUUCUCGUGAAAAUCUGCAGUAUUCAACUGAGGACUUGGCAAAGGAGGUUCAAAACUCAAUUGCUGAAUUCCAACAGCAUAAACAGGAUUAUGACGAGGAACGUGUGAAAGAACAGGUACAAGAGGUACUUGAAGGAGCAAAAGUACUUGAAUGGCUUAGAGAGCAUGCGGAGAUUCAAUACAUAACAAAAUAGAGAGGGGAAAAUGGAACCACUGUUUGAUAUGAUCAUAUAAACAUGCAUUUGCCAGCUUACCGUGAUUCUUCUAAGUGCGGGAUCUGUUCUGCUGGCAAAUACCAUUGUAGACGUUUUCGUAAUUCUUCUUGGACAGGCAGCUGAUUAGAUUAGAAACCUACGCUGAGUUAUGGGAUCAAGAACCGCAGAUUGAAAGCUCCAUGCACAUUCAGGUUUUACUGUUGAUUGAUAUGUAUAUCGGGAUGCAAAUGCAACCAAAUUUUUGUCUCUUUUUGUUCAAUAAUGCAAUUUGUUGUUCCUGGAUU